AUGUUUUCGCAAGAUCAGAUUACUAGAUCUACUGAUUACGAUGCCUUAUCGUGCCGCUUAUCUUGUCAUUUAAAGGGGUAUUUGAUCGACAAGUACUUGGAAAAGGAGAUAAGCGGAAUUAUCCGUUUCAAAUUGCUCUCUAUAGAAUCUGAGUUUAAACGACUUUCCGUCAAGAGACAAUUGAGCAAGCAAUUUUUCGGGCUCGUCGAUCCCAAAGGGGGUCUGAAAGUAUCCUCUAGGCUUCCUGUGGUAUUGAAGUCCCCAGUGAUCAAUCGAGGAACAUGGAUUCGUACCCGAUCGAUUGAUUUAGUAAUAGAUCAAUGGUUGGGAGAAAACGCUACGUCAAAAGUUCAAUUAGUUAUUUUGGGAAGCGGGAACGACACUAGAGGCUUUCGGCUAUUGGAAAAACAUCCGAACCUUUCGCUUAUUGAGAUCGAUUUCGAAGAAACUUGCCGGAUCAAAAAGUAUAGCAUAUUAAACGAAAUUGCAUUGAAAACUGUGGUGGACGCCAAAGAAAACCAAAUCCCGGACACUCAUGAGGCGUUCAUCAACUCAUCUGCCUCACUAAGUACGCCAAGAUACCACCUGAUUCCUCUGGACCUCCGCCAAUUGUCUUCUGUGUCGCAGUUACCCUCGCUGGACCCGGCAUUGCCGACUCUUGUCUUGACCGAGUGCUGUGUCUGUUACAUGGAGGAUAAUGAAAGUAACCGAGUUUUACAAUUCUUCCGCGAAAAUUUACAAUCGGGCGUCCUGGUGAUGUAUGACCCCAUUGGUGGGGACAGCUCGGCCAACUAUGGACAGAUCAUGUUGCAAAACUUAUCAAUGAGGGGAAUCCAAAUGCCAUCGCUACUAAAAUAUUCAACCAUUGAAAAACAGCAUGAUCGGCUCCGAGAACUUGGAUUUUCCUUGACUAACGUUUCCGAUCUCAGUUUUGUCUACACUCACUGGAUAGACCAGCCGGAACUGGUCUCUAUCAACAGGCUAGAACUACUCGAUGAAUUGGAAGAGCUGAGUCUCAUUAACAAACAUUACUGUCUACUAGUGAGCUCCUGGGGAACUUCCUGGCGUCUAGCCUUCCCUUCGCAAAUCUGA